UAUAAUGUGUGUUUGUUUCUGUUAUUGUUUUUAAUACUAUCCACGUGUGAAAAUAGUGAUCCUGAGUGCCUAUGCCGUGUUUCUACUAGGAGAAUGCCAACGACGCCAUUAAAAAUAGAUAUACUUGAGGACGGUGCUCGUCCAAGAGAUUGGCAGCCUCGUAGGUCUCAGUACAAGGUGCCUCUGAGAUUAUUUCGAUUAUGCUUACUGGGAAUGUUUCUUCCUGCGGUAUUGGUGGCUGGGCCGAUAUACUUGCGAUAUCGUGUUUAUUGCGAGCAACUGUAUCCAUUAACUGUUUCCGAUCAAAGGCUUAUCGACGCGAAAGUAUCUACCACGUGGUGUCAAAGUCAAGUCAUUAAAGUUAAUACAACGUUUAAUGCCUAUCUGAUGAACGACGAACCAAAGAUGGAAAACGAGUUUCUACCCGUUUCUAUGACGAGACAUUUGAUUUUAGAGGACGACAUGAAAGAAUAUUGGGGCUUCUAUCUCCUUCGUGGUAGUAGCGUUACUGUAUCCACUUGUGUGAGAUGGCCUGGUGCUUCUUUAACCAUGAUCCGCGGUCACAAACAUCUUCAUGAAUGUGCCUUCAUUGGUGACGAUAGCAGCGAAGAAUUGGAGGAACUCCUGGAAGUUGCUAAAGAGACCGGUUUCCUUACAAUAAAUGGUUCGCUUGAGAAUGAAAGUCCUAGCAAUGAGCCAGAGAAAAUGAAGAGAGUGCAGCAGGGUAUACAGUUUCAUCACAAGGACCAUGCUAACGCUUUGAACAGCUCGAAGCACACGAUGAACACCAUGACACACCAUUAUAACAGUCAUGAGUUGGAUGCCAAAGCUAUGAAAGUGAUACUCACGGAACUAUUUGCCAAAACGCUCGACACGAAAAAGAAGCAGAAGGAGAAUCCUCACCACCAUUACGAAGGAACCUUCGUGGAAACUGAUAACAUCGAGAAGCCGCCUACUCAAUAUCUCCAUGACGAUUCUCAGAAAAUUAGAAACAAACAGAUGGAAAAUAUGUUCAUGAAAACUUUUGAAGAAGUCUUGAAGAAGAAAAAUGUAGUAAGUGUUAUGAACGACACAGGAGGACUGAUAGAAAAACACCGAAAACUCCAGCGUGGAAAGACGAGCAAAGAGAAGACGACAGUAAAUUCUGAAGAGAAGAUCGAAAAAGUGGAAGCUUCAUCCGCAGAAGUGCUUCGAGAUGUGUUGGACAAAGUCAAUUCUUUGGGUUAUCGGGGUAAAAAGAUACUGAAAAAACUGAUGGUUGAAAUUGAGAAGAAGGGUGCUGAGGGAGAAGCUCUAUGGCAGGCAGUGAACAAGACGAUGAACGAUCAGACACUUUCGGAUGCUGAGAAACGUAGAAGACGAAGAGACUUGAUUUUGUCUUCGCCUCUUCAUACAGAAUUAACGGAGGAAGAUGAAGAUAACGAUGCUGCUAUCGAGGAGGAUAUAUUGCAUCCAGAUGGCAUAGCUGAGGACAGGGGUACCGUGAACGAGACGACGUUGAACGACAGAAGUAAUUCCGAAUUUUGGAGCUCGUUUAGUAGCUCCGAGGAACGGCUUUUGGAUUGCAAAGGAUUGAUUCUGAACUUACCUUUAACACCACAUCGAUAUUGUAUGCCGAAACACGAAAGCGAACAUUUGACCGCCUCGUUCGCUAACACAGUUACAUACAGAGUACCUACGAACGGAUAUUAUUUCUUCGUCUUCAAUUCUGAAAACGAGAUUCAGCCGAAUUAUUUGCGAGUACGUUUCGACCUGCUGAAGACCUUCUACAAUAUCUCGAAUCCAGUACACGCCUGUAAGAAUAGCACGACAGAAUGUUCGUUGCCUUUCAAAAUCUUCAGCAACGAGAGGACGGUCUUAGAGUUGCCAUUGAGUGGCAAUGACUCACAAUGGAACGAAGAAUACGUGGUUGUCUCCACGUGCGAACCUAGGACGUCUAUUUACUUGUUAUGCAUCAUAGCGGUGCCUUUGCUCAUCCUUAUAUUUGCGUUUCACUGAUAGCACGAUGAAUCGGUAUGAGGAAAAGACAGUAUUGUGAUCUCGCGACGAGAACAGCCGCUGAAAAUGCUCGCUUGUAAAUAUGUUUUAAAUUUAAAAGCGAACCGAAGUAUGAGAACAGGCCCUUGUUAUAAUGGCAAUAACGCGACAGUAUUCUUCUCCUUUCACCGUACCAUUUAACUGGUGGUUAUAAAUGUGACGUUAUAUUUGUGAUAGUUAAUGUAUUUAUACGUUAGUAACUUUAAAUGGAACAUUUUUUAAAUCGCGAUAUAAAUAAUCCAAAAUUCAGAAUCGUCAUAAUUAGACUGCAGAUUUUUAUGUAUUUAUAGGAAAUUUGGAAGUGUAAAAAUACACAGAAUGUACGCAUACUAUGCAGAGAUAUAUAAAAUACUCAAAAUAUAGUAUUGUAAUAUAUACCAAGUGAAAUAAUUGUUUACGUAGAUUUAAUUUUUUUAUUCAUAUUCGUAAAAAUAUGAAUCUAUAUAAAUGUCCGCAGCCUAAUUAUAAUUUAAUGUAUUAAGGCUAUGCGUUUAUGUUAAAGAUACAUGUGAUACGAAUGAUGGUAAUACGAAGGUGGUUAACGAAUUAUUAAUUGCAAUUAACACAAACGCUUUUUAACAUCCUUUGACGUUUUUAGAUCGUUAUAAUUCUACACAUACACAUACACACACACAUAUACACAUAUGUACACACAGUCGCCCCGGGAAGUAGAUUUACGCUCCUACUAAAAGUUUAAAUGUAAAAUCUUUAAUUUAUUUUUCGAAAAAACUAUAUGUAUAUAUUUCUAAUGCGGAUUAUAUUUUUUAUAUAUAUUAUGUGAUCUACGUAUAGAUUAGAAUCGUAUAUUUAUUACGUCAAUGAAUAGUGAGAUAUUCUAUUUUUCUUUUUCUUUAUCAGUCGACAAAACCAUUUUGUUGUAUUAUAUUUUAUCUUCAAUUGGCAACGUAAUUCCGAUUGAUAUCGUUCAUUUUCAAUUAACUUGUUUUCUUAAGUAUUGGAACUUUUUUCUGAACAAUUAUCAUUGUAUACUAUGUUAUCAUGAUACACAAGCUUCGAGCGUCGAGUAAAGUUAAUCAUACAAAUUGGGUAUUACCGUGGAUAAAUCAUCCUAAAUUGUUUGUCACUGCUUCACUGACUUUAUUUAUCAUAAUGUAAUACGUUUUAACUUAUUACCGUUAUUCCAUUGCAUCGCUCGAAUAUCCGUUUCUCAACCAACGUUAUUACCACUUUCCUACUUAUUACGAUUCCUACUUUCAAUGAUAUUAAUUUCGACUAGAUUGUACAGAUUAUUUAUAUUUUCAAUAAAAAAAUCCAAGUAAUAGUA